AUGUUUCCGAUGCUUAAUCUAAUAGUCAAGCAGUUGAAAAAUUUAGAAGCUGGACAAUUAUUUGAAUUAGCAUUACUAGAAAAGAAAUUAGUAAAAUUUAAUGUGUUUUUAAUUGGAAGUUGUUGUGAUAAACCUGCACAAUCACUUGUUCAAAAUGUUAACGAAUGUAUUGGAGCCUAUGGCUGUGGAAGAUGUGAAAUUCAAGAUAUGUAUAAACAAAAAACUAUAUGA